ACGCGGGUGAAAUUCCCUGUCUGUCCUGCUACUCGUACUUAUACGCAACCAAUUCGAUUCCAAAGCGUCCCAACUCCUACGAAUUUCGGCCACACGAUUUCCACAAUGGCAUCCAAAGAACCAGCACCUAACUGCAAGGUGUUUCUGGCUGGAACCAUAGCCAAGGGACUACUGGCAGAGGUUGCAGAAGGGCUCUCCAAACUUGAUACCAAGCCGAAGCUCGUAGGGUUUUUAGCCAAUGAUGAUCCGGCAGCUAGAAUGUACGCCGACUGGUCGGCGAAGACAUGCAUAGAAAAUGGCUUUGAUUUUGACCUCCGAAUCGUUGGCAAGGAGGAAAUCGAAGAGCGCAUCCUCGCAGCUAAUACCGAUUCUACUAUUCACGGCAUAAUCGUCUACUACCCAAUCUUUCCACGCCCGUCUGGCCAAGACAGAUACAUCCAGCAAAUUGUUGCUUUAGAAAAGGAUGUCGAGGGUCUUUCACAUAGAUACGUGUUCAACAUGUACCAAAACAUACGAUUUCUGGAUCUCCCCACAAACUCGCUCAAGUCAAUCUUGCCCUGCACGCCCCUCGCAGUGGUCAAAGUUCUCGAAUACUUGCAGAUUUACAACUCCAUACUUCCCUACGGAAACCGCCUCUUCGGAAAAACAAUCACAGUUAUCAACCGCAGCGAAGUGGUUGGCCGACCACUUGCCGCUCUUCUAGCGAACGACGGCGCGAAGGUCUUCUCGGUCGACUUGGACGGCGUCCAAAUCUUCACGCGGGGUCAGGGAAUCAAGAAGUCUCACCACGAGGUCCAUGUUCAGGAUGAGAGUUUCACAAUCAAAGAUUGCCUACCAAUUAGCGAUGUUGUUAUUAGCGGGGUGCCCGGGGACAAAUACAAGGUGGACCUGAGCCUUGUUCGAGACGGAGCUGUGUGUGUGAAUUUCAGCAGUGAGAAGAACUUUGAUUCCCCUGCAGUGAAGGAGAAGGCUAGCAUCUACAUUCCGGCCAUUGGAAAGGUCACGAUCGCUGUUCUGCUGAGGAAUUUACUACGUCUCGUGCAGAACCAAAAUGCGGGAAAGAAAGUAGUAGAAGGCGGACAGGAGACAUCCAACGGUUCGGUGAGUAAUUAG